AAAAAACUGUCCGCAAACCCUAAUCCCCUGUAACCCAUAUUACCGGACGGCAGGCACUUCCCGUUAGCUUGAUUCAUGGACGAAGAACAUCCGGCCUCCGAUUCGGCACUAAAGGACAAGGCGGACAGCCUCCACGCCCUGAUCUCCGGUCCCCUCGCUGCCGCUGCAGCUAAAGCCUCAGCCCGAUCCAGGAAUAUUCCAGCCGGUAAGGAUUUUCAUUUCUUCUUCAACUUCAAUGAAUUCAAAGCUCCUGUCAAGAAGAUUAAGGAGAAAUCUGAGUCCUCCUUGAGUAUCAUCGCUGCUUCGGAUAAUCUUUGGGGGAGCAAUAAGCCGCCGAAGCUGCCCAACGAUCUCGACGAGGCAUGUGACUGGCUUGUUGGCCUCAACGAUGAAUUACUCGAUCGUCUUGCAAUCUCUAUGGAUGAGUUUAAGAGAUUGAGAGAGGCGGAAGAGGCAGGUGGGAAGCCUACGCCAAUGGAGCUGGAAGAGGGCGGGUUUGAGUUAGUUUACGGGAAGAAGAAGAAAAAGAUUGGGGGUUCACUCAAUACGGAGAAAGAUGAGACCUUUUCUGCAUCUGGCUCUUCGACAGUGGUUAAUGUAGCAAUGAAGGACAAGAGGACAACAACAGGGCGUUCGAAGGUUCCAUUUCACAUUCGGACCAUUCCCCGACCGCAAUAUGAAUAUAAAAUAAUAGUGAAUAACAAGAACCAACCAUUUGAUCAUGUAUGGUUGGAGACGAGCUCGGAUGGAAGUCGGUUCAUUCAUCCGUUGGAAAAAUUUUCUAUUGUGAACUUCGUUGAUAGAAAGUGUGAUGGUGAGCCUAUUCAACCUCUUCCUCUUGAGGGUACUCCAUUUAAGCUGGUGGAAGGUGUGAAUGACUUAAAAAUGGUAGCUGCUAAGUUGCAGGGUGUAGAUGAAUUUGCGGUUGAUUUGGAACACAACCAGUACCGGUCAUUCCAGGGGCUAACCUGCUUGAUGCAAAUAUCUACAAGAGCUGAAGACUUUGUGAUUGACACCCUCAAGUUACGAAUACAUAUUGGACCACACCUGAGAGAAGUUUUUAAAGAUCCUUCAAAGAGAAAGAUAAUGCAUGGCGCUGAUCGUGAUAUCAUAUGGUUACAACGGGAUUUUGGCAUAUAUGUGUGCAACCUUUUCGACACUGGUCAGGCAUCAAGGGUAUUGCAAAUGGAAAGGAACAGUCUGGAGUAUCUUCUGAAUCACUUCUGCGGAGUAAAUGCUAACAAAGAGUACCAGAAUGCAGAUUGGAGAUUGCGCCCUAUUCCAGCUGAAAUGCUCAAGUAUGCCAGAGAAGAUACACAUUACCUAUUUUUUAUAUAUGAUCAGAUGAAGAGAAGGUUGCUAGCAGAAUCAUCAGAUGGAAAUGAUCUCCUAUUGGAGGUCUAUAAGCGCAGUGGUGAAAUCUGCAUGCAACUUUAUGAGAAAGAACUUUAUACGGAGACAUCAUUUCUAAACAUCUACGGGUUAGCAUACAUUGAUUUAAAUGCAGAACAACUUGCUGUUGCUGCUGGUCUUUGUCAGUGGAGAGAUAGUAUUGCACGUGCCGAGGAUGAGAGUACUGGAUAUAUAUUACCGAACAAAACUCUUCUGGAGAUUGCAAGGCUGAUGCCUACUACUUCUGGAAAAUUAUGCCGACUGUUGAAAUCAAAGCACCCUUUUGUUGAAUGCCAUCUGCUUUCUGUAAUUGAAAUUAUUAAGCGUUCCAUUGCCAAUUCUUCUUCUUUUGAGGGGAUAGCAGAACAACUAAAGGAGAAACGGCUGGAAGCAAUUAUGGAAGUUAAUAUCAACACUAGAUCAAUCCCAGCUUCUGAUGUCCUUAUGGAGCCUACAAGUUCUGAACACGUUGAUCAGAGUAGAAACGUUGCUACAGAAACAAGUGUUGAAACUGUUAAAACAGUUGAACAUGAUAUGGAUGCUGUGGAAGAAUGCCCCAAACAAUCAAUCCAGAGUCCAAGAAGUGGAAGCACGUCAGCUAUUGUGAUGGAGCAAGAAAAUAAUGCUUUGCCAUUGUCUGGAAUUCAGUGCUUGUUGACGCAACCUGAGAUAACUGAAAAUUUUGAUAAGGAAACGAGGGAUAACAAAGUUAUUGAACAUCUUCCACAAAAACAAGGUGGAAUUGCCUCCGUCCAAUUACUGAAAAAGCCUACUCAAGCUUUUGGAGCCUUAUUUGGAGCUUCUUCCUUUGGGAAAAAGCUUUCCUCUGAUAAAGUCGGUCUUACUAGCCAGGAUAAGAAUGUGAAUAAAGUCAAGGAGAUUAAAUUCAGUGUAGCUCUUCCAUUCCAUAGUUUUUCUGGUGGAGUGACCCCAUCAGAGCCGGAUGUUAGAGAGGACAAGAACCCUUCAGAUCUGCAAGUCGAGGAGGACAUAGAGUCCCCUAAACUGUCUGCUGAGGUCAUACCACUGGCUCCAAAAAGUGACGAUGAGGAGAUUGGUAUUGAUCACCCAGCAACAGACAAUGAGAUGGAUCAUGAGGAAUGUUCUUCUGAUCAUCCUGACAUUGGCUGUGGCGGUGAUAAUAAACCAGAAUGUAAUACUAAUGAUCCAGCUGAAGUUAUCUUAAACUUUGACAAGUGCUUUAUGUCGAUCAAUGAGAGGAGGAACUCCCAACGGCAACUGAAGCCUAAAUCUUCUAAAAAGCCUGCAAAUAUUCCUAGCAUUGCGCCAUAUGAUUAUUCUGCCGCAAGGGGAUAUUUGAAUUUUGGUAGGGUUGGACAACAUGAUAAAGCUGACACUGAAGACGACUGCAGAACGCAAGAUCCUAAAACCGAAACUGAAGAUAAGGGAAAGACUUCUCUAGGCUCCAGACAAAUGCAGAGAGGUGCACCACAGGGUAUGGCUCAAGUUGAAGGAAGAUCAAGAGGAUCUCAGCCACGCCGUCGUCAAGCUUUCCCUCCAUCAGGCAACAGAAGCAUGACAUAUUAUUGACAUUAUUAUAUCUGUUCAUUUUAUUGGCAAGUGCAACAGAGGAUUCAUUUAGAUCAUCUUCUGAAGCAAUCGAUGAAUCAUAAAAAAAUUCUCAUACUAUUCUGAGGCAGUUUUGUAUGCCCUUGUAUUUUUGGCUAUGCGCUUGUACCCAUUUUCUUAGGUCGAAUGGUUAAUACUAAAAAUACAAACAAACGGUAAAUUUGAGUUAAGAGCAAAAUCAUUUUGUUUGCCUUCGUUAA